AUGCAAAGUUUAGAAGCCUCGCGAGCCAGUUCAGAAACAACUCAAAGGCAGCUAAUGGAGAUUCUAGCAGCAACCAGGCACACUGCGGGAGCGUCUUCUUCCAAUGCUAUCCCGCCUACUGCUGAGUGGAGCUUGGAGAGUUUCCUCCAGCACCAUCCGGCUAAGUUCAGUGGGAAAGGUCUCCCAGACGAAGCGGAUCAGUGGUUAAGGGAUAUAGAGAAGAUCUUUAAUGCUAAGAGAUGUCCAGAUGAGAAUAGAUUAGCGUACGCAGAAUAUUUGUUGACGGGAGAAGCGAGUCAUUGGUGGACGAGCGCGAGAGCUAUUCUAGCGGACGCGCAACAGCCGAUCACUUGGGAAGUGUUUAGGACUAAAUUUUAUGAAGAAUACUUCCCGGACAGCGUUCGGUUUGCAAAGGAGGUUGAAUUUCUGCAACUAGUUCAAGGGGGUAUGUCUGUUUCAGAGUACACCAAUAGGUUCAAGCACCUCGUCAGAUUUAAUACUAUGGCCACGAGCGAAGUGUGGCAGUGUAGGAAGUUUGAGAACGGGUUACGAAGUGACCUGAAAGUGUUGAUUUCCAGUUUGUGUAUCCGAACGUUCCCGGCUAUGGUUGAGCGAGCCAAAGUCUUGGAGAGGAAUAUGGCAGAAGCGGAACGGCAAAAGAAGCAGCAGCAAGUGAGUAGGGGACCAAUCGUGUCCAGAGGAGGAGCUGUUCAGAGGAGACCUCCUUACGCUCGUCCAAAUCAGCCUUCUCAAGCAAGCGGGUCGCAAGCAGUGGUUCCUGUCGGACAGUCUGGUCAGGGAAGUGUGGUUUGCUACUGGUGUGGAGGGCCACAUUAUAGGUCUUCAUGCCCUCAGUUGGUGGGAGUAAAGCACUGUAAUCGUUGUGGAAGAAACGGGCACUCGGAUCAUGAGUGCAAUAUGAGUGGGCGUGCGGUGAUGAGGCCACCCAAUGCUGGAAGAAAUCAGCCGAGAGGAGGACGAGCCCAAGCAAGUGGGCGAGUGUAUGCUAUAACGAGCGCUGAGGCAGCGAGCUCAGGAAUGGAUUGGUUGGCUGCCAAUCACAUUCUUAUUGACUGUGGAGCGAAGGAAUUGAUUUUUCCUGGUGAAGAACAAGAAGUUCUUUCAGUGACGCUCGGCCAGCUGAAAGAAGACAUUAUGGAAGGCGCCAGCUGUUUCCUGAUUAUGACUCAAGAGGAUCAGGAAUCCAAGGGAUUGGUAGAAGAACGAUCGUCCACUAAAGGUGGUACUGGACGAUCGGUUGUGGUUGAGUUCGCGGACGUUUUUCCGGAAGAGAUCCCUGGACUUCCCCCUCAGCGUGAAGUGGAGUUCACCAUUGAUUUGGUGACGACAGCGGCUCCUAUCUCGGUUCAGCCAUAUCGAAUGUCGCCUGCGGAGUUAGCUGACCUCAAGGAGCAGAUUGAAGAGCUGAUAGAGAAGAAAUUCAUUAGACCGAGCGUAUCACCUUGGGGAGCGCCUGUGCUGUUAGUAAAGAAGAAGGAUGACAGCUCUCGGUUAUGUAUAGACUACAGACAACUAAAUAAGCUGACCAUCAAGAACAAGUACCCAUUGCCUAGGAUUGAUGACUUGCUGGAUCAAUUACAUGGGGCUGCUGUGUUCUCGAAGAUUGAUUUGAGAUCCGGAUAUCAUCAAAUCAGAGUUAAGGAAGACGACAUCCAGAAGACAGCAUUCAGGUCUCGUUAUGGGCAUUACGAAUAUGUGGUGAUGCCUUUUGGAGUGACGAACGCCCCGGCAGUGUUCAUGGAGUAUAUGAACCGCAUAUUCAGGCCCUAUUUGGAUAAGUUCGUGGUCGUCUUCAUAGAUGAUAUUCUCAUCUAUUCCAAGACCGAAGACGAGCAUGAAGAGCAUCUUAGACUUGUACUAGGAGUGUUGCGGGAGAAGGAGUUAUAUGCCAAGUUGUCUAAGUACGAAUUCUGGAUGAAGGAGAUUCAGUUUUUGGGUCAUGUGGUGUCGGCUGGAGGCAUCUCGGUAGAUCCAGCGAAAGUACGAGCGGUACUGGAAUGGGAGAGUCCGCGUUCGGCCACUGAGGUGCGUAGUUUUGUUGGACUGGCGGGCUACUACAGACGUUUCAUUGAAGGUUUUGCUAAGAUAGUGGCGCCGCUAACUCAGUUGACCCGUAAGGAUCAGCUGUUCGCUUGGACCGAUCGUUGUGAGGCCAGUUUCCAGGAGUUGAAGGUGAAAUUGACGAGCGCUCCAAUGUUGGUUAUUCCGGACACGUCUAAACCGUUUGAGGUUUAUUGCGACGCUUCUCACCAAGGUCUGGGCUGUGUUUUGAUGCAAGAAAAGCGAGCGGUAGCUUAUGUGUCUCGUCAGUUGAGGAUUCACGAAAGGAAUUACCCAACGCACGACCUGGAGUUGGCAGCGGUCGUUUUUGCGCUGAAGAUCUGGAGGCAUUUCUUGUAUGGAUCCACGUUCCAAAAGGAAUUGAAUAUGAGGCAGAGGAGGUGGCUCGAGUUCUUGAAGGACUAUGACUUCGAGCUACUCUAUCAUCCAGGAAAGGCGAACGUGGUAGCGGACGCUCUAAGCAGGAAGGUGGUGCAUGUGUCGUCCAUGAUGGUGCGCGAGCGGAGCUUAGUGGAGAGUUUCAGAGAUCUAAGGUUACAGUUUGAGUUAGAACCGAGCAGCAUCAAGUGUUGUAACCUUAGAAUAUCUAGCGAUGUGUUUGAUCGGAUUAAGAUGAAGCAACGUGAGGACGAAGAGCUAACGGACGGUCAGUCUGAACGGACCAUCCAGACGUUAGAAGAUUUACUGAGGACGUGCGUCCUAGAUCAUUUAGGCGCAUGGGAUGAGAUCCUGCCGUUAGUGGAGUUCACGUAUAACAACAGUUUCCAGGCGAGCAUUGGAAUGGCACCGUUUGAAGCACUCUAUGGGAGGAAAUGCCGAACGCCCCUUUGUUGGUUCAAGGAAGGAGAGCACGUGCUGACUGGACCUGAGCUUAUCCAGCAAACGACCGAGAAAGUCAAGCAAAUCCAGGAGAGGUUGAAGACGUCUUUGAGCAGGCAGAAGUCGUACGCUGAUAAGAGGAGAAGACCGUUGGAGUUCGCUGCAGGAGACCAUGUGUUCCUUCGACUCAAUCCAGUCACUGGUGUAGGACGAGCCGUUCGUCCAAAGAAGCUGUCUCCCAAGUUCAUUGGACCGUACCAGAUCCUGAGGAAGAUCGGACCUGUAGCGUACGAGCUUGCAUUGCCGCCCCAACUAUCCAACCUUCAUCCCGUUUUCCACGUCUCUCAACUUCGGAAGUAUAUAGCGAAUCCAUCACAUGUACUGGAGUUGGAAGACAUUCAGCUUCGUCCAGACCGAACAUUAGAAUUACAUCCAGUCCGAGUGGAAGAUAGCCGCACCAAGUACUACAAAGGCAAAGAAGUUCGUUUGGUGAAGAUGGUGUGGGACGCUAAGACUGGUGAUUCAACGUGGGAGGUUGAGAGCGCCAUGAAGGACUUGUACCCUAGUCUAUUUUCAGACUAA